AUGUCUUUAUGUCUUCCCCCAAAGUUAUUACAAACUCCUAUGCAAAAUACUAGAAUUAAGGCUCACGAAAUGGAUGGAUAUAGGAUAUGGGCCUGCAGUCUGUGUUCAGUCUAUACGCCACAGGAUACAUUAUCAAUAUCUGGUAUAAUGCAAAAGGCUGGCAUUGAAGUUAACGAGAAAGGAAGCACAGUAUAUGCUGCUACAGAAAUUGUCCUGACCAAUAAAUUUGGCAACGAUCGCGAGGUAUUCUUCUCGGCAACAAGACCUUUUAUGUUUUUCAUUCAAGACGAGACAAGUGGAACAAUUCUAUUCAUAGGAGAAGUUUAG